UAAAUAUAUGGAGCAAUUCUGAAUUGUGUUAGAAUCUUUUAGAAGAGGGCUCAAAUCAGAUCAAAAAAUUAAUGAAGUGAUAUAACAUUCAUUCAUCGAAAAUUAAAGGAUGCAGAAAGCCAAGGCAUACAUAGCAGUAGGGUUAAUACAAAGCAGCUUUGCGGGGAUGUUCUUGUUGUCCAAAGCAACUCUAUCCUUAUCUUCUGCUCACAUGAAACCUUCUGUCUUCAUUGCCUAUCGAAUGGCAGUUUCCACUCUUGUCUUGGUUCCCCUUGCUUUCUUUUUCAACUGUAAGGAUUCUCCUCCUCUUACAUGGCGUGCACUCUUCAAGCUUUUCAUUAUCUCUUCCCACGGGCUUACCUUAAGUUUCAAUCUUGUGUUUGCUGGAUUGUCAUACACUUCUGCAACAUUGCAGUCGGCCAUGGCUUCUCUUAUUCCUCCCUUCGUCUUCAUUAUUGCUGUGUGUUUAAGGAUCGAAAAAUUGGACAUAAGGCAAUGGCAAGGCGUGGCAAAGGUUGUCGGAAGCAUAACUGGUCUAGGUGGUGCCAUGGUCUUCACCUUCUACAAGGGUCCUUCUUUGUAUUCCACUCAUAACUCUUCUAGGGUUAAUUCAAAUUCCAUGGAAGAAACUCGAGCAGCAGAUCAGGAGAACUGGAUCAAGGGUGCCUUGUUACUGAUUGCUGGACAACUAAGCUGGUCCAUCUGGCUAACAUUGCAGGGUUCCCUAUUGAAACAAUAUCCAGGAAAGUUGAGGCUCACAGCUUUGCAGUCUGGCAUGAGUUGUUUAGCAGCAACUGUUUAUGCAGCAGCUGUGGAGAGAAAUGUAUCUUCUUGGAAACUUGGAUGGAAUAUUGGCCUUCUCACCAUUGUUUACUGUGGAGUUGUGGUGACAGGGAUUAGCUACUGGUUGCAGGCUUGGGUAGUGGAGAAGAAAGGUGUUGUUUUCACUGCAAUUUUUAAUCCAUCAGCACUUAUACUAUCAGCCAUUCUUUCAGCUAUCUUCCUCAAAGAAACUCUCCAUUAUGGCAGUGUGGUUGGAACAUUGCUUAUUGUUGUUGGACUUUAUUGUUUCUUGUGGGGGCAAAAUAGGGAAAUUCAGAUCAAAAAGUGUUUGGAUUCUCGUAAUUCCGACGCCAUUGCAGCAGCAGCAGCAGCUUCGCUUCCAUCGCAUGACGUUAUGAUCUCUAGGAAAGGGGAUCAGAUUGACCCUUAUUGGACAAUGUUGGAACUACUGCCGGACGAGCUGGUGGCGGCGGCCGGAAGCAGGACGCCGCCGCCGGAAGUGACGGCGGAUAAGGUGGCGUAUUCAUCUGCGGCUUCCGUGAAGGUCGGCGAUGAUGUUUAUCUGACGAGGAUGAAGAAAGUGAAUUUGAAGGCUUACAUUGCAGUAGGAUUGAUCCAAAGCAGCUUUGCAGGAAUGUUCUUGUUGUCGAAAGCAACUUUAUCUUCAUCUUCUUCUCCAAUGAAGCCUUCUGUAUUCAUGGCCUAUCGAAUGAUUUUUGCCACUCUACUCUUAACUCCUACUGCUUUUUUCUUCCAAAGCAAGGAUUCUCCUGCACUUACAUGGCGAGGAAUCUGCAAGAUUUUCAUUAUUUCUUCCUUUGGGCUUGCUUUAGGUUUCAAUCUAAUGUAUGCUGGAUUGAAAUACACUUCUGCGACAUUUAUUUCGGCUAUUACAGGGAUUGGUCCUGCAGUGGUUUUCAUUAUGGCUGUUUGUUCAAGGAUUGAAAAUUUGGAUAUAAGACAAUGGCCCGGCGUUGCCAAAGUUCUUGGAAGCCUAAUCGGUCUGUGUGGCACUAUGAUCUUCACCUUCUACAAAGGCCCUUCUUUAUUUUCCACUUAUCACUCUUCUAGAGCUAAUGAAGCUUCAAAUUCAGUAGAAAGGGAAAAAUGGAUCAAGGGUUCUUUACUUGUAAUUGCUGGAGAAUUGUGUUGGUCCAUUUGGCUAACUUGUCAGGGUCCACUUCUUAAACAAUAUCCAGGCAGGUUGAGGCUAACAGCUCUACAGACAGGCUUGACUUGCUUAGCAUCAACUAUUUAUGCAGCAGCUGUGGAGAGAAAUGUCUCAUCUUGGAAACUUGGUUGGAACAUUGGUCUUAUCACAAUUCUGUACACUGGAAUUGUGGUGACAGGGAUUAGCUAUUGGCUGCAAGCUUGGGUAGUGGAGAAGAAAGGUGUUGUCUUCAGUGCAAUUUUCAGUCCAAUGGCACUUGUAUUGGCAGCUAUUAUUUCCACCAUCUUCCUCAAAGAAAUUCUCCAUUUGGGCAGUGUGGUUGGAGCAGUGGUCAUUGUUGUUGGACUCUACUGUUUCUUGUGGGGGAAAAAUAAAGAAAUUCAAAUCAGUAAUUGUUCUGAUUCUAUUUCCAUGGCAGCAGAUGGCAGACCACUUCCAUCUGACGCCAUAAAUUCCGAGAGAGACAAAUUAGGGUGCUGAAAUCAAUUAUAUUAUGUAUGACAUAAAUUAUUGUUAUGUAUUCUCGUACAUUUAUUAUA